GAUUGCCUGUGCUGUUGUGGCCAUUACCAUGAACUAUUUGUCUCUUGUAACUCUCUGUUGGCUUAUAGUCCAGGCCCUUUACCUCUUCUCCUUCACCAGGAAGCGUGAAAGCGAGGAGCAGCAGAAAAUGAAAACAAAACUCUAUUACGCAGGCGCUUGGGGUUUACCGCUUGUUGUUGUAUGUGUCCUUGCCUCUAAGUACGAGAUGUACGAUAAACAUCCACACUGCUGGAUCUCCUUCUCUGACGCGUUGAGCUGGUCAGUGGCAACACCCAUAAUUACGUUAGGGAUGGUACAAUUAAUACUCAUUGUUUUGUUGGCGAAAGCUUUGAUUACUUACCGUAAGUCCAGCGACAUUGAAGAAAAUGAAACCAAGAAAAGUGUCAUCAAGUCCGGUUUACAAACAGUGGUUUGCAUAACAAUCAGUGUCAUUCUAACCUGGCUUCUGGGAUCACUUUCCUUGAACAUCGAUCGUGAUAUCUACCAUACCUUUUUCUCCAUAUUUAACGCGUUGCAGGGUUUUGGAUUCUUCUUGUUUUAUGUUGUCUUGAACCCUGAAGUGCGUAAACUAAUUCUUGCCGCUUGGGAAUGGAAAAGCACUCUGGUGACACCCUUUGACGAACAUGAAGCCAUUGAAAUCGAAGAAGAAGAGGUACAUUAGAAAAUGUAGCUGACAGUCUAUUUAUAC